GGACUCUCUCCAGUGGCGCCUCUACCGCACAAACUACUUCCUCGGGCGGACUCUUUGGCUCAGGCUCAACGCCAUCCACAACUGCGACCGCGACCGGCGGCACAGGCACCAACACGAUGGCGACCACUGGGGGACUGUUUGGCGGCGCUGCGAAGCCGGGCGGGCUCUUCGGGCAGUCGACGACGGGCGCUGCAGCGACGGGAACGGGCGGUCUCUUUGGACAAGCUGCGACGCCGGCAGCGGCUACAGGAACCACAGGAGGCGGUCUCUUUGGAAAUACUGCGGCCAACCCACAACAAGCCCAGACGGGAGGCGGUCUCUUUGGCAACGCGGCUGCUGGCACCCAACAACAACAGCCGGCUGGCGGCCUAUUUGGCAACAAGCCUGCAACCGGCGGUCUGUUCGGAGGCGCGGCCACUGCUCAGCAGACAGCUCCGGCCAGUGGCGGUCUGUUCGGCCAGUCUACGCAGAACCAACAACAGCAACAACAGCAGCCCCAGCAACAGACUGGUGGACUCUUUGGUGCACAAAACACUCAGGCCAAUACAGGCGGUGGUCUCUUUGGACAAUCACAGGCAAAGCCGACUGGCGGACUCUUCGGCCAGACCCAACCUCAGCAAACUCCAGUGAUGGGCCAGAUGGGACAAAUGGGACAAAUGGGUCAGUCAACGAACCAAGUCUCGGCAGUCCAGAUCAACUACGACAACAUCCGCCCACGCACCCGCUUCGAUGACCUCGCCAAGCCCGUGCAGGACGAGAUCGCGCUGCUCGACAAGGGCAUCAUGCGUGUCAUCAAGAUGAAGGACGAGAUCGGCGAGUUCAUGCCGCAACACGAGCGCGACAUUAACCAGCUCGGCCGCGACGUCAAGUUUGUCGAGUCCAAGUUCCGCACCGUCCAGGUCGCCCUCAACAACGACAUCCAAACCGUCAAGGCCCUACAGGACCUCACAAAGAAGAACGCCGCCGACGCCCGUCUUUGCUUCCGAGGCGCCGACAACCUCAAGCUGCCCACGCACUACCACCAGACCGGGUUGUUCGCCAGCACCACCGCCGCGGCCGACUCGAGCAGUGCGGAUGCAGCCUCGACCCACGCCGAUGCCCAGGACCUCAUCACCUACUUCAACCGCAUCUGCGACGACAUUGAGAAGUACAAGAGGCGCCUGGACGAGUACCGCGGCGAGAUUGAGCGCGAUAUGCCCGGCGUCGAGAACGGCCUGUAUGAGCAGAUCCGAUCAGUGCGUGACCGCAGCGCCGGAAACGCCAUCGUCCAGGACCAGCUCGGCGAGGUCUUGGCCGCACUGCGCGAGACGGGCAACGCCAUCGUCGCCCAGGCCGGACAGAUUGCCGACACGCGCGAGCGACUGUCACGGCUGCAGGCUGGAAUCGUCGACAGCGGCGUCUACGCCAUGGGCAUGGCGGCUUGAGCACGUCAUCUACUAAACCAGUUGGUGUCCGUUAAUGGGAACUCUGGGCGGAUACACUAUAUGGACGUUGCAAGCGUCCCUUGUCCUUAUAUAGUGAGAGCCGAGCUCGAAGUGCCUAGGGAUGGACAAGACAGCAAGCGUCAGGGGCGAGGGGGCAGCAGAGGAGGACAAAGCCCUUACGACAUGUACGAAUACAGCAAAACAACAACAUCAUCAUUCCGUAACCA